GUGUUCGGAUUGCGUCGGUCGGAUGUUUUUUUUCGUCUGGUGAGGCUAGGCUCAGCGGGACGCGGCUGUGCUUUGUAGACAUCGGCGGAGCUCCGCAUCCAGGCCCGUGUGGAACGUGUGAAUGCUGUCGUUAAGCUAAAAAACGGGGGUUUGUCUUCCGCCGCGUGCACCGACAGUAUGGACUUACACAUAUUGGACCACAGGCUGAGAGUGACCAGCAUAUCCAAGAGUGGGCUCGUGCAUUUCACACACCCCCUCAUCAAACUGAUAUUUCUCCGGAACAGGACACGAUGUAAGUUUUUCAGUCUGACGGAGACACCAGAGAACUACACGGUCGUCCUUGACGAGGAGGGAUUCAAAGAGCUCAAGCCUUCAGAACACCUCCAGGUGGAAAGCUCCAUCUGGCUGGGGCUCAACGUUGUCUCCAAUGGUAACGCCUCCAGCAGCUCACAGGCCGUGGGCGUCACCAAAAUCGCCAAGUCGGUCAUCGCCCCACUGGCCCAGCAGCACGUCUCCGUCUUUAUGCUGUCCACUUACCAGACUGAUUUCAUCCUGGUGAGAGAAAAAGACCUCUCUGUAGUCAUCAACACCCUGGAGGAGGAGUUCAACAUCUACAGGGAGGUGGGAGGCGAGUCCUUCCCUGUGCACUGUCAGGACGUUUCCAACGGCCUCCAGAAGAACGGCAAAGAAGCCAUCCAGCCCACUGUUCACCCAGUGCUGAUCCCACAAAAUCAGUUCUGUGUCAUGUCUCUGGAUCCAGACACGCUGCCGUCCAUCGCCACGACGCUCAUCGACGUCCUCUUUUAUUCCAGCAGUCCUAAAGAUGAUGCGCCGUCAUCUACCGGUCAGGAUUUGGACUGUAUCAAGUUCUUCUCUUUCUCCCUCAUCGAUGGUUACAUCUCUCUGGUGAUGGACACUGAGGCCCAGAGACAGUUUCCUGCAGAUCUUCUCUUCACCAGCUCCUCUGGGGAGCUGUGGAGGAUGGUCCGCAUCGGUGGACAACCCCUUGGCUUCGACGAAUGUGGUAUUGUCGCCCAGAUAUCUCAGCCUCUUGCUGACAGCGACAUCUCCGCCUAUUACAUCAGCACAUUCAGCUUCGACCAUGCUCUGGUCCCUGAAGAGGACAUAAUGAGUGUGACAGACAUGCUCCAGCAUCAGAGGAAAGAACCAGCCACGAGUUGAUUUUUUCCAAGUCCGUUCUGAGCUGGAUAAUCCUGGCUCAAUAUGGCCUCCCUUCGCUCCAGUGUUGUGGGGUGGGAGUUGUUGGUGGCGGUGGUGGGCCAGCAGCAAAACGAGGCUAACUCUGUGCCUAGACUAGCACUACAUUGCCAGCAGUAUUAACUACAACGUUGAAGUUGAACUCGCCAUGAACACCGGAAGCGCUUCUCUUCCGAUGUGCACAGGUUUGACUGCCAGGCACUGGGGUCUUAACUGUAACCAGAUGAGACGCACUGACUACUAGCAGGCCCUCACGUGCACACCAAAACGCACAAUCACACCGAAUUGCAAACACACCCACAUACACAAUUGCACAUUCAAUUUCACAAGCACAAACAUGUACAUUGAUGACACACUCUUUUCUCUAGAACAGGACUUAAGAUUUUGUGGCGUAUUGUCUGAAACAGAAUUGUUUGUGACAUUACUGGCUGCAUACAACACAUUUACAUACAUUACAUACAUUUCACCAGCGCUAACACAGCUAAGUCUUCCAGUAUUGUUUUUUUUUUUUUUUAUCAUAUUGCCAUGUGUUCAACACUCAUGUUUCUGGAGGCUUCUGGAGGUGUUUUUUUUUUUUUGUUUGUUUUUUUUAAAUUAAACUGAAAGUGAAGCAAUUGUGACUGCGCUGAUCUAGAAGUAGUGUCAUUCAAACAAAAACUGGGAAUUUCAUUUUUGCUUGAAAAGAAUGUGCAGGUAGUUGUUACUAAAAUACUAAGACUACUGGCUCGGUCAGUGUUUUUUUAAAAGAGGUCAGCAUUUCUUAAUUGCAUUACAUAUGGUCAAAAACACUAUGUCAUAUUUUUUGUUAUUUGCACAAUAACCUUUUUUUUUAUUUAGCUCAUAUAUAACUUGGAUAUUUAGAUAUUUUGUUUGGUACAAUAAAAAUCCUUUUUUUUUUUUUUACACUUUGAAGUAAAAAGACUGUAAACAUUUGUAAUUUUGUGCUGCUUCAAUCAAU